GAUCUGUAUUUGGAUUUUCGUUUGUUCACUGCAGGAUUUGUUCACACUGCUGAGAGGUAAGAAUUAUGUUCCAUAUAGAUACGAAUUUAGCUCACUUGUAAAAUGUAGCCUCGCCAGACUUCUGCGACGCGAACAGAGAUAAUUCUGCCAAGAACUCACACUCUCCGCUCGAUCGAACUGAAGUAAUUUCCCCUGAAGUGCUUCUGCCGCCAUUUCUGUCAGUUCACACAAACUUUCUGAUAUCUCCAGUAUUCGCUGGUUUCCCUUUGUAUUUUGAGUGUGUGGGUUUCUGAUCUAUUAUAAUUUCAACUUUAGCGACACUCGUCAAAUGCAAAGCACGAAGACAUAACGAUUUUGAGAAAGUAAAACAAAGGCGCCUUCAGUCGUCCUUCUGCAUGAAACGAGUUAAAGUUACACACUCUCAGCAACAGGGAAAAGGAAAACAGUGAUUGUCAGUUAAGAUGGCCUUAACGGGAAGUUUUGAUCGAAGAUUCUCUCAGGAAUGGAAAGAAUAAAGGGACAAACUGUUUCUGAUCGUCUUGAAGAAAAUCAGCUCUGAUCAUUAAUCCUUCUGUCUGGUAGUUGUUCAGUUUUCAGUUUUUCGCGUUAAGCAAUGGAAGUGUUUGAACUGAUGACAAAAUACUCGCUUAAUUCCAUAGAGUGUAGUUGAUUUCAUCAGACAGAAGUUAGAGACGAACUCAAAAUCUCUUGAAUCUGUAAAGUAACCAAAUUGAUGCUUGAUUGCUUUGAUUUAAAUGCAGGUAUGUCAGGUAUUUGAUAAAAUAAAUUAAACUUGCUCGCUGUCUGCUUCAGUGAUUGACAAGAGGGUCUCGUAUACUCUUUAUGUGAAACACGAUUGGGCGAUUUUUUUCCUCGUGAAUCGUGAAUUAAUUUUUUUCCUUUUCUUGAAUCGUGAUUAAAGAUAAUAAGAUCUUUUUAGGUCCACGUGAAGUAAUUUAUUUAGUUAAACGUGACCCGUGAAUGAAGAACUGAAUUAAACGUGAUUCGUGAACUAUUUUGUAUUGCACAAUGAAUUCCCAGCUUUUUGAUGGUUUUAAAAAUGUAUUAUUCUCGAACAGUAGUGGUUAAGUUUUGACCAGGGUUGUGACAGGACAUGAAGUUUACAUGGAUUAAUAGAAGUCAUAAAACAGACCUCUAAUGUUCCUUGAACAAAUAAUGUAAGACAUUCUGUCAUCAUUUGUCACUUAAGACUGUUCAAGACUAGGAAAAUUGAAAAUUUAGUUAGGGAAUUUGGUCUCUUACUUUCAUGUGAAAUGUCUCAAAUGUGUGAACGUGAAAAAACUUUGAUAUUAUUCGUGAUGUGUGAAAAGGCCAAAUAUUUUUAUGUGACUGAGUUUUACAAAGGGGUAUAAGUCUGAACCUCUGACAAUGAAAAGAUACAAGUCAAAUUCUUAGAGACCUUUAAACUCAGUUCUUUGUGAUUCAUUAACAAUCUUUCUCAUUAAUAUGUAUAAGCACCACAUCAUACUUGUAAUGUGCAUUUCAAAACAAAAAAUUUCAAUUCCAGUAUUAAAUGACCAGUUGUCUCUUGGUUGCAAAAAGAACAAAAACUUUCCUGUACAUAUUCAAUAAUUUUGAUCAUUAUCCAUAAGAUUUACAAUGAAAAAGCUGAUUGGUCAAAAGCAUUCAAUCAAUAUACAAUAGUGUGUGAAGUUGACAUGAUAAAAUGCAAUAUCUGAGGCUUAUACUGCAUUUAUCUUCUCGAGAUCAAUGUCUGCCUAGUUUCCAAGACCUUAAAGUUUAGUGUUCUCAAACUUUUAAAAACCAAGAGAUGCUCAAAAUAGCUGAAUGCCUCUAAAAAAUUUAUAAUAAAACAAUUAUUUAAUUCAGUUUUUUAUAUCACGCUCAACCUCAUUCAAUAAUCACUUAUUACUCUGGCAUCAAGACUAUGGAUAGACCAUAGUCACCCACGUUUCUGCUAUGGUUGUUCACAGGACUUCCUGUUGUCCAAUUCUGUUUGUAAUAAUACUCUUGAUUAACAAAUCAGACGACUGUUAUCAAUUAAUCACAAUAUAAUAAAAUCUGAGAAAGAAACUAUAGACAUACAUUAUACAUUUUCAUAAAAAACAACAACAACAACAAUUAACUCGGCAAAAUGCAGGACAACAGUGUGCACACAUCACUCAUUCUGUCCCCUUCCACAGGCAUGACAUGAUAAUUGUCCCUUUAAUGGUCCUAUAACAUGGUCCAAUUACAAGCAUGACACAUACACUGUACUAUAGGUGCUCAAAUUGGGCUGGAGAUAACCAAUCAUGUUCAAGAAUUUUGUUAUAGUUUUGAUUAACAGAUGAAAAGUUAUAUUUUCAGAUGAAAGUUUUUCCUCAACACUUUUUAAUUCUGAUAUUUGCAAAUUAUUGAGCCCUGAAAAGGAAAUAAGGAUUUCUUUAUUGCACUGAGACAGGGUAGCCUAUAUUAAAGAUCCAUAGUUUUUAAAAUUGGUGAAUUUUUUUUUGCAAGUCAACCCUGAGUUUUUUUUAACCAUUACUUGUUUGUUUGAAAAAGCAAUAAAUGCAUUCAGUGCACAUUUGGAGACAUGAAUUAUUUUGUUCUUAGGUAAACACUCUCAUUCCCUUGACCCUUUCACUCCCAAGAUCUCUUUAGUAAUUCUCCCUACUGUUUGCCAUACCAUUCUUAUGAUGUAAGUUUGGAGAAUUUGGUAUUGGAUCAUCUAAUAAUCCUCUAACUGAUAUUUUCCUUUGUUCAUAUCACUUACAAUAUCUGCUUGAUGUUGUGUUAAUAUUUUGUAAGGAGAAUUCCUGUAUUGGUCACUCAUGCAAGGUGAAGGGUUAAAUAAAUAUGUUAUACAUGAGUUUUGAUGUUGGUUAAUGAUUGCAGUUGUAAAAUUUUAACUUGAAUUCUUUUUGCUGAAAAUUAAAUAUUCAAGAAGCCAGGCACAAUUUUUAAAGUUUUGGAGACAGUCCCUGAUAGAUUUGUUAAUUAAUGAAUGAUCUUAAUUUAUUUUAAAGUCAACUCUCUGCUAAUGGACACUCUCGUAAGUGGCCAGUUCUAAUUAUGGACACUUUUUUCAAUUCCUCAUUUUUCUGCUUAGUACCAAUUGAGUUCUUAAUCACUAUCCUCAGUUAAUUGAUAUAAACUUUUUCUUUUCACAUUCCCUUCUUAGUUAAGCUUUUAUUGAUAAACAUGAAUAAGAGAAUAAAACCAGUUUUCUCUACUCUUUGUUAUUUUUUUAUUUCAUCAACAACAUUCAAUACAUAACAUAAUGAGUACAGCAACUAUGGGUGAUUUGGAUGAUAUUUCAUGCAAAAUAUGUCUUCAAUUGAAAAUUGUAAUCUUAAAACCAUCAUGCUGCUAGACAAACUCUGUAAAAAAAAAAGCAAACAAAACAAAGAGCUCUCAUUCUGAUUAUUUUUAUAUCAAAACAGUGAAUAUGUCAGUGAGAAGGACUUAUCCAAUCAGUCUUUAUUAAAUGACUAGGAUCAUAUUCUGAUGCAUUCACUCUGUUAAUUGCAAGUAAAAAUAGCUUACAGAGGAUAAAAUCAAACAACAGGUCUGAAAAUUAGCAACUUCAAACUCAGGUCUGAUAUCAACAGCUUAGAAAUCAUUCAUGCUUUGGUUUAUUUACAACUGUCUUAGGUUAUCACAUGAAAACAAAACCAACCAUAGAUUUGCACUAAUUAUUUCUUUCCUGUUCAGGCGCGUAGCUGAGGUUUUCCAAAGGGUGUUCGUAUGUGAUUGAAAAUGUAAUUGUGCGCCGGAGGUGCACUUUCCUAGGGGGGUCCGGGGGCAUGCUCCCCCGGAAAAUUUUGAAAAUGUAGGUUCUCUGAAACCCAAUUUCCCGCAUUUUGAGACCCAUUUUAGGCAAAUCGAAACUGUUUUUAUUUUGUUUUAAAACGGCCUCUCUGGUGUUGUCAGUUAUAAUCAUUUGUAUUUCAGUCCGCCAUUAUCGAACUUCAAAGGGGGUUCGUUCGAACCCUUCGAAUCCCCCCUCCUACGCGCCUGCUGUUGGAUAUUAAUUUUGAAAUGGAAGUAGUAAUUCGUAUGUUUUUGGAAAAACAGCUUGGAAAACUCAGUGUAUUUAAAUUCAAAUAUCUUUCUUGUUCAUAAUUGCCUUUUUGUUAACAUUUAUAACUCAAGCAAUUGUUGAUGAACACAAAAUUUAUACAAUUAGAUUUAAGUUGAAAUGUUUCUAAUGAAAAUAAAUAACUCAAGACCCUUUACGCAUAAGCAUCCGGUCCUUUACUCAAAAUGUUUAAAAGAACACUGAAGGGUGGAUGGUUUCCAAAGAUAAUGUAUUACGAGGAAUAAAUCAUUACCUUGGUUCAGUAGAUGUUAAAUUAUAAACCUCAUUCUUGCCAAUUUUUGGUUCGAUCCUUAUUAUAAAUGCCACAAGAAAGUUAGUUCAAGUUACUCACCUUUAAUGACAACUUGUUUUUUUCGUUCUGACAGUUACAUUACUAAGACAUGGAUUCCUUUAUUUCUAAAGAAAAGCUGAGAAGUAAGAUUAGAACAGAUUAUGUGGGAAGAAAAACAUUAAAUCUGUCAGCGAGGGAUUUGCUGAAACUGCCUAAAGCGGUGCUGGAAUUAACUGAGUUGGAGAAACUUGACCUGUCACGGAAUAAACUUAAAACAAUACCUGAAAAUGUUGGAAAACUAAAUAAUAUUACGGCAUUUUAUGUAAGCGGAAACCAGCUGUCCAUAUUCCCCGCAAGUUUGACACAGCUGAAGAAACUCAGAUGGCUGGACAUCUCACGUAACAAACUAACCACCAUCUCUGAUGCUAUUGGUGAGAUGGUGGAACUGUGGGGACUGGUACUGAGUAACAACCAGUUGACUGUGUUGAGUCCAGCUAUAAAACAGCUGAAGAAACUCGAACGGCUGAACAUCUCACAUAACAAACUAACCACCAUCUCUGAUGCUAUUGGUGAGAUGGUGGCACUGGAGGAACUGGAUCUGAGUUACAACCAGUUGACUGUGUUAAGUCCAGCUAUAAAACAGCUGAAGAAACUCAAACGGCUGGACAUCUCACAUAACAAACUAACCACCAUCUCUGAUACUAUUGGUGAGAUGGUGUCACUGGAGAAACUGGGUCUGAGUUACAACCAGUUGACUGUGUUAAAUCCAGCCAUAAAACAGCUGAAGAAACUCCAAUCGUUGUUUGUAAAAGGGAAUCCUUUUACAGUUGAAGGAAUGAGAAGUGUUGUGGAGCUAGAAGAUAGAGGAAUAAUUGACCGAGUAUAUUCAGAUCUCCAAGGUGAGUAAAGGAAAUUUCUGUUCACAUUAUUGUUGUGACGUGUGCAUUUACUAAAUUGGUUCUAAUGAUUGACUUGCAAGUGGUUAUUCUGUUUAUUACUGAUUAUUACAGGUAGCUGGCGAUAGUUAAACUGUAAAUACUGUCACAGUUUUUGUGUGGUUUAACAAAGUUGGCAUCACUUGAGAAAUACAUGACAUUUGUAAUGGAAGUUUUUGUUCUAAUAUUGAAAAGCUUUAUUUUAACAAUUUGGCUGACAUUGAAAUUUAAGUUCAUCAAUAAGGAAAUAUGAUUUGAUGUGGAAUCAAGAGAGUAAAUGUUGUUACAAAUCAUUCUACGCAGUUAGGAAUUAUUGUUUUGAGUUUUCUUUCUAUUGGAAUGGAAUUACGAAAUGAUAAAAUGUAUCCCAAGUUAAUUCACUGUUAGGAAUUUUUUUUUUUAUUUUUGCUUUCCAUUUGGUUAAUUUGAAGUGUUUAAAAAUUUAGUAACUUGUGGCUUAUCAAACACAAUAAACUAAUGUGAUUAAAUUUUGUGAAUUAAGUUAUAGGCAUAUAGCUUGAAUUUGUUAUUAGCAUGACUGAAUCCUGAUUAUUAUUUCCAUAGAAUUUACACUGCAGGUGUUUUUUGUGUAAUUAUUUUUAAACUUACAGUUGUUACCCUUUGGAAAUAUGUGUUUUUUUUUUUUCGUACACAAUCAAUUAAUUAGUUAUUGACUCCUCACUACUCGGCAGAAUUAAUUUAAGUCCUUGCCUCUCUCUUGUGUGAUCAGUCACAAGUGGUUCUAAUUCUUAUUGUUCUGAAACAUUGAGUCAGUUUAGUUUUGGUGUGCAUGUUCUCAAACUCAUCACUACAUUUUAUGCCAGAAGAAUUAUUAUGUGUAACUUUUAUGUAAUAGUGGAAUAAAUGCAUUAAGAUCAGAAAAAAAUAAACAGUUUUGAUGGUUAAGUUUAUAUAUACCAGCCUUUAACUCCAACAUUAUUCAUGUUAGGCAUUUAUAGUUGUUGAUUUGUCAACCUUUACCUUUAGUUUGCUUUCUUUUUCAAUUAAUUUUUAGAAAUUUAUCAAUGCGCAAACUACCUUUUUCUUUGUGUUGUUAAAACUCUUUCUUAUUAGGCCCAAUGAGAGAGAGACUUAAAGCACAGCUGGCUUAUGAAAGGGCUUUGCAAGAUGGAUAUGUCAUGGUUUACCGUGGCAGAAUAUUACUCAUUGGUCAGGAUCGAGCAGGUAAAACCAGUUUAAAGAAGAGUCUGCUAGGCCUUCCAUUUGACUCUGGAGAACAGAGCACUGAGGGGAUUGAAGUGGAUCCUUCAAAGUGUGAAAUUGAUGUUGACCAAGCUGCAAGGAACUGGCAGUCCAUUGGUGAGAAUAAACCAGGACUAUUGGAAUGUUCUAAAGAUGUGGCAAAGAUUGUUGCAGAGAAACUUUUUACUCAAGAAGAUCAUCAUGCUAGAAAAAUGUCUAUGCAGCAAGAAAAGCUGAGACAAAAAGACUCAGAUAAAAGUUCAAAAGAAGAUUUUGAAAAAGAUUCAGCCCACAUAUCACCUGCAGAUUUUGAAAAGGGAUCUUUAGGUAGUUACAAACAUGGCAAAAAAAGGUAAUGUCAGAAUUUUAAAAAUGUUCUUCACACACAUGUUUAAGGCAGCUUUUUAUGACAGUAUAGUUUUAAAUAUUUAAUGUCAAAUGAAGAUUAUGUGAGCCUUAAAGUGAAGCAAAAAUUAAAAUUGUUCAAUUUUUUAACUGAUUUUUUUUUUACUUUGCAGUGGUCUUAGCCAAAAAACAGGGAACUGCUUGAAGUCUAAACAAUAAUUUCCCUCCCAGUACAUGUACUCUCAUUUUAUCUAAUUUACAUCAAACUUUGACACAGUUAUUUGAGAUGUGUAAUGAGUUUGCUGGUGAGACUGCAUCAGUGUGGUACUGAGAGUAAAUAAUUUCCCCUUAUUUGAUACUUUACUUAGGUUGAGGAUAAAGGAGAUUACCCAUCAAUAGAUGCUAUGGACAACAUUAGCAUUGAACACUCAAUGGACUGCAUUUAAGAGGAGCCCGAGGUAAUUAUUGAUGUUGCUCAACCCCCUGAUACUGAGAAGCAUGUUCAUCAGUGGUUGAAGUAUCUCAAAGGCAAAGACAUCAAAAGUGGUUUAUUCCAAGAAGAAUCCUAUUACACUAUGGAUUUAUGGGACUUUGCAGGGCAGCACCUGUACUAUACCAGCCAUCCUAUCUUCUUAUCACAGCGAGCACUGUACAUAUUGGUGCACAAUCUCAGCAAGCCUUUGGAUGCUACAGCUGAGCCCUGCAUGAGACAAGGUAGUAAUGAUGUGAAAUUGGAAAACCCUAACAAUGAAACAAACAUGGAGAAUUUGCUGUCAUGGCUGGCUACAGUACACAGUGUUGCCCUGGCAACUGAUGACCCAGAUGAUGAUACACAACAUAGGCUUCCCUACCUCCGCCCCCCAGUGUUCAUUGUUGGAACACAUGCUGACAAACCAGUUGAAGACAUAGCAAUAAUAAAGAAACAAAUACAGGAGAGAAUUUCUGGUAUGAAAUAUGAGAAGCAUGUGGUCAGACCCUUAUUCUGCAUUGACAACACUCAGAGGCCAAACUUGAUCAAGAAAAUUAUCCAGAAGAUUCAAAAGCUGAAAGGAAAACAUGAAACAGGUGAGAUAUUUGAUGUCAUAUUGUAUCCUUGACAAUGUGUUACUUGCAGUAAUUGAUGGUUUAAUAAUUGGUUACUAGCUUGUCUUUGCAUCAAUUCUUGGAACACUUAAUUUGUGACCAUUUUUUUGUUUAAUCAAAGACCUUUUUCUGACCCUCCAUGGGAAAAUGGACAUUAACGCUUUUCAUUUCAACUGCAAAACCGUUUACUAUCUGCUUAAAUCCAUUUAAAUGGUUCAUGAAAGUGUUUAAACGAUUUGCUCAUCCAUUUAAAAAAAUUUGCAUCCGUCUAACCCUUUUGCAAAAACAUUUAAGCGCUGUGCUUGUCCAUUUAAGAAAUUUUGUGUCUAUUUAAAAAAUUUUGCGUCCGUUUAAAAAAAUUUGCAUCUGUUUAACACUGUAGCAAAAGCAUUUAAACAGUUUCCUUCAGUUGUCUGUUUUAAAAAAAAAUCUAUCUGCUCAACGUUACAGAGAAACUUUAAACCGUUUGUUUACCAUUCUGUUAUGAGCAGUUUGAAGUAUCAAUCCCACGUUUGGUUGAUACUUGCCAGUUCUUGAAAUGCAGAAUGACCUUAUCUUGUUUUGGUUUUAUCUUUUCCACGGUCAUAGAAAGUGAGUAAUUGUCCCAUUCUUGGACAAACGAGUUAAAAUAUCCGGUUGUAGAAACGUAGAGCAUCAAGAGCCAAUGAAGCCAUUCAUUUGACUAUGAUACUGCCAUCAAUCUUGUUUGAUCAGAACAGUGCACCUGAUCUUUGUUUACAUAUUUGGAGAAGGAGAAGGAGGAGGAACUCUUAUGAAAAAGCUAUUGUUUCUUAAUGUCAGUUCAUCUACCCUGUCUAUUUAGCAGGCUUAACAAUUAUUACAAAUUCUCAGCAACUGGAAAGCUAUUUUGUUGUGGUAAAUUGAUAUCAAUGUUUAUAGAUUGAUGUAGAUUGUUGGAAAGCAUUGAGUAUGCAAUAAUUAUUAUUUGACUUACAUUUACAUGUCAUCCAGCAGUUGUGUUGUGUGUCAUAAUUUUAAAACGUUGGUAGACAUGCAGAAUGUUUAAGAGGGAGUGGUAAUUAAGGGAAGGAUACUGUCUUGGUUGAAUGACUUCAGGCUUAUAGUGCAAGCUUAAGUUAGAGUUGUUUAAUUUUUUUAUUAGCUGCAGUAUUCUUAGCUUUCAGUUACUUUAUGUACCAGCAUCGCCAUACUAGGCCAUAUACAUUUUUGCUGACAGAUCUGUUAAUUUCAGAGUUUGAAAUAAGGAACAGAAGAUGAUUUGGGGAGUUGAAGAGUUUAUCAUCUUAGCUAUGUUGUCAGCAAUGAAAUAUCAGCAAUCACAAAUGUAUGAUACAAACUAUUCUCAUUGUAAACACAUGUUUCUGUGUUACAUUAUGUUUUGCAUUCAUUUUCUAAACAUAUCCAGCAGAGGAAGAAGGAAAAGCAGAUGGAAUAAAAGAAUUGCAGAACAAAAUUCUGGAGGUGUUGAGGCAGGAGCCUUAUAUGGGGGAGAAAAUACCUGUCAGGUAAAUGAAAGUAACAUUUUAUUUGGCAAACCUCAAUUUGUGGACUUUGGGAUCAAUGUUUUUCAUGUAUUCAAGUGGUUAUGAAAAGUUUUUUGAAGAGCAGUCAGUGUUUUCAUUAUUAAUGUAUAUGAACACAAAAAUAUCGUACCUACCCUAUUUUGAAGUUCAUCAAAAAUAAUUCUUUAAACAUAAGACUGUACGAAUACACAGCAGUCAUAUAAGUGCAAACAAAUAAAACCAGAGAUUCCAACCCUCCCGAUUUGAUCGGGAGUCUCCCGAUUUGAUGUCUUGCCUCCCGCUCUCCCGAUUUUUACCAAAUUCUCCCGAUUUAUCAUAAAAUUCUGAAAACUAGGGGAAAAUUGCUAAUCUUUAGAAUUUUUGGCGAUCUGUCACUGUGAAACACUCAUAUUAUACUUACUUUCUUCGCGAAGAGCAUUAUGGUAUGUUAGAACUCAGGCCGGAAUGAUGUCAAAAUUCAGGAAAUGGCACUUGAGAGAACCUAAAUUUGCAAAAUUUCCCGGGGGCAUGCCCCCUGACCCCCCUAGAAGCUCGCGCCUUUGGCACUAAUAAUUACUCCAUCACAUGGGGUUGGAAUCUCUGUAAAACUCUUAUUCAUGACAUCAUGACAAUAUUGUGUUUUUUAGAAAGGUGUGAAUGUCUAAUGGAUAUUUGAGAAGGCACAACUCUUUGAAUUGAGAUUGUUUAUGUGAAAAAUAGAACGAUGUUUGAACUCUCGUUAACAGCGCGUGAAAUUGCGCCUAAUACAGGCGCCAAUGCGACUAAAUUUUUCACUUUGGCGACCAAAUCCUGAAAGUUAGUCGCCAAGUUGGCGACUAGAACGUUUCAUCAUAACCUUACCAAGAGAUAUCGUGAGUUAAAAAGAUUUGCAAAGAUAAAUCCGCGGCAAACUUCCUCGUUAAGUUUGUUUCCAAAACGUAGCACAUGCAUCUCGAUCGAUUACUAGACGCCAUCUUGGAUUUAAAUGAGCCUGAACGUUGUAUAUCACCAUCCUAGUGUCUACUUUGUAGCACGUUAAAGAUCUUUUCCCUAACUCAAUUUUGGAGGGUCUAUCUAGAACGCUGACAGCGUAAAGAAAGAUUUUGUUUGUCUUUGAAAAUGGCGACCAACUUGGAGAAUUGGCUACCACUUUGAAGAAUUUAGGAGCCAAGUGGCUAUCAGAAAAAAAAGUUAAUUUCACGCCCUGUCGUAAUGUGUGGAGAAAGCUAGACCAAGGAAAUAGAUGAGUUAACACUGGAAGACUACAAAUAAGCACAUGUCUGACUGAAGUUCACAUCAAAUUUUAAACCCAAAAACAUUUUAAUUAUUCUGUUGCCUUCUAGAUGGUUUUUGUUUGAAAAGGUGAUUGAGGCUUUGGUGGCUAAACAGAUUUAUCACAGAAAUCUGCAACAACUUGAGCACUAUGCAAAGAAAGAUUGUUUCAUGAAAGAUGCAAAAGAGUUUGAGUCCAUGAUCAGUUUUUACCAUGGCCUGGGGAUGAUAAUCAAGCACCGCAGUACAGUUGUACUAAAGGCUCAGUGGUUGAUUGAUCUGUUCAAACAGCUGAUAACCAUUCCACCUUUCAAUAAACAGGUAGGAAAGAAAUUUCAUUUUUGAAAGGACCUAACUUAGAAAAUGUUCUAUAAUUUAGACCAACAGAAAAUGAGAGUGAUAUUUUUUUUAAUAAAUCAGCAACUAAUGUAACAGCUGUAAUUCUUUGAUCUUUACAAUUGUUGGACCUCAAAUUAUUUCAUGUACCUUUUGCAGCUUUUCAGGUCAUAAACUGAUUUAGCCUUUUUACUUUACAAGAGACUUGCAUUAACUUGCCACCACUAACAAUAAUUGUAGUCACACAAGUGAACAGUUCUUUUUACUUGCGCUAAAUGGCUUCUGCGGUGGUGAAUAACAACUAAUAAUCACCUCUGAGGAGCCUAAGAUACAAAAUUGCACAUUAAGAGUGUAAUCUCCGACCAUUGUGAUACAUUGAUUUUCUAGUUCUUGUACAUACAUGUUGUAAACAUUCAAAAGGAACAUUUAGUGGACUUCUCUUAUCUGGAAUUCCUGUUAUUUAUAUAUUUUGUAGAAUGCUCGAUAUGCUAAUUUCUGGCGGGAGCUUGAAGGAAGUGGUAUCCUUAGCAUGGAACGUGUUGAUUACGUGUUCUCCAGCUUUAUUGGACCAGGAAUCAUUAGAGAAGACAUCCUGGACAUGAUGGAGCAAUUUGGUUUGAUUGCCAAGUUCUCAGUUUCCCCAAAUGAGGAGAAGUACUUUGUACCAGCUCAGUUGAAGUCAUCACCAGUAGAACUCUGUAAGAUGGAACCAUCAUCAACUGAUCCAUGUCCAUUGUAUUUCCUCUUUGUCCAUGGCUUUGUCCCUCAUGGCCUCUUCUUGCAGCUUGUCUCGAGAUCCAUUCGUUGGUGUUCAAAGACAUGGGCCAUGCAUCAACCCACCCUGUACCAUAAUGGGGCAUGGUUCAUCAUUGGAAAAGAUAUUCAUGAUUUUGUCCUUAUAUGCAAAACAGGAUUUGUGAAGGUAAUCUUGAGACAAAAAGCACAAAGUCAUCAGAUUGUAGGACAGAACUCAGUUGAACUAGCAACUCUUGUUCGUGAAUUUCUUGAAGACACCCUAAAGAAUUUGUCACAAGAAAUGCCAUACCUGAGAGGACUGCAGUAUAAGUUGUGUGUUGCAUGUCCAAACUGUCAUCAAGGGAAAGAAGAAAUGUGUCGUGCAUGCUCAGACCACAUGAAAACCACUUGUACACACAAGGACUGCCUCCACCUCAUUGAUGCAAAUGAAGGUCAGCCGGACAUCUGUAAGCGAAAACCUUGGGAUAUGGUAGAACUAGUUUGUGGAUUGGAAAAAUGGUUCUUGAAAAGAAGCCAGGUAUUGACUGUAAUGAUCUUUCAAGCAAAGAUUUCUAGCCUCAGUUUGAUGUAUGCUUUGCUCCUCUAAUUUACUUGAUGUGAAUAUCAAUUGGGCUGUUAUCAGUGUUGACAAAGGGAGCGCUGAUAGGUUGUCUUCCAUUUUAAAUAUAAGUCAGAGAAUUUGUAACAAGAUGAAAUUAUUUUUGACUUCUAUUCUUUUUCGUUUUACCUUGGUAAAGUAUUGAUCAAUUAAAAUUUAUAUGACCACAACCAAAGUUUUUUCAAUGUAAUUACCAUAAUGUUAUAUGACCCUUUUUUUCUUCAGGGUUUGUCCUCUACAAAUGUAUCUGCAAGAUCACAUGAUGAAGCAAGUGAAAUCAAUCCAAAGAAGUCUGCCACAGCAUUGAAGGUGACUCUCCUGGGCAGUGAGUGGAGUUCGUCAAUGGGAGGCUUGUCCACCAUCAACAGACAGCUUGCCAUUCAGUUGGCCAAACACUCUGAGGUGGAUGUUACUCUCCUUGUCCCACAGUUUGCCUGUUCUGAAGAAGAGAAGAGAAUGGCAUCAAGUCACAAUGUUUCCAUCCGGGAAGCCGAGAAACUUGCAGGCUUCAGUGAUCAUCUUGAAUGGUUGAGUUUCCCACCAAGAGAUCUUGACAUUGACUUUGUGCUGGGUCAUGGUGCAAAGCUUGGUAAGCAAGCCCAAGUUAUCAGAAAGUCUCACAGUUGCAAGUGGAUUCAGGUGGUGCACACUGCACCCGAAGAACUAGGAAUGUACAAAGACUAUCCCAUGGCCAUUUCCAAAGGUGAAGAUAAGACUACAACUGAAGUGGAGUUGUGUAAGUUGGCAGAUGCUGUUGUAGCAGUUGGACCAAAGUUGACGAAAGCCUACUCUUUUUACCUGCGCUCAUGCGAGAAGCACCAGGAUAUAAUUCAACUGACGCCAAGCACGUUCAGAGAGUUUUCCGACGUUAAACAAGCUGCAGUUGACAUUGACAACUUUAAGGUUCUAACAUUUGGCCGCGGUGACCCAGAGGACUUCAGCUUGAAGGGCUACGAUAUCUCUGCCAGAGCAAUAGUUGAACUGAAAGACAGGUCUUACCAUCUGACUUUCGUGGGUGCACCUGACGGUAAACAGGACGAGGUUGCAAAGAAUUUACUCAAGAGUAAAAUUGAUAAAAAGCAGCUGACCGUGAAGAAAUUUGUGCAAAGCGAAAAGCGAUUGAAAGAAUUAUUUUGUGAAGUUGAUCUCUGCAUCAUGCCCUUUAGAACAGAGGGGUUUGGUUUGACGGCUUUAGAAGCGUUGUCUGCUGGUCUUCCCAUUCUUGUCAGUGGCAACUCAGGAUUUGGUGAAGCACUGUGCACUGUACCAUUGGGCAAAUCAUUCGUGGUGGAGUCUGAGGACCCUCAGGAGUGGGCAAAGGCAAUUGCUGGUGUGCGACAGAAGAAAAGAUCAGACCGACUUCAAGAUAUUCAACAGCUGAGGAGGUCAUAUGAAGAGAAGUUUAGCUGGGAGAAACAGUGUGACAGUCUUUUGGAGAAGAUGAGGGACAUAGUUCAUGGUGAGAAUGUUUUGAAUAUCCUUCAAAAAGUAUUUUGGGGGGCUACUCGGCUUUUGGUCUCUUAUUAACUGCAUUGAAAAGCAUGAACACCUCAUAUAAAAAGAGAUGUUGAACAUGAAUAGUAAUCAAUCGUUUUAUCCUCAUUUUGUUUACUGUGUUAUUAAAAUAAAAGCUUCUUUCUAUCUUUUUAGCUUCUAAAAGACGAGACACAAGUUUCAGAGCUCGGCAGAUCCAAGUUGUUGACACGUCAACCGAACAGAUAACAGUGGAUUCAUUACCGACUCCAAGUGAGUAAAAGAAUUUAAUAACACAUAAUAAUUGAUAUCCCCAAAGAAGUACAGACAGGUUACAAGGAGAUCCAGUAAUUUUCUUUCCUUAACUUUGGCUUCAGGCCAGCUAUGCUUCGUAAAAACUUAACAAGGUACUUUUAACUUAUGAGACAUGUUUGUACUUAUACUGAUGCACUCUUCAGUCAAAAACGUAAAACGUGUACAAACACAUUUUAUUUCCUUUUACUUCCUGAUCCGAACAGACGGCUUGGUGUUGAUACAGUUGUCUUUCGAAGCAAUAUUAAAGUAAUCACAUAUUCAUACGGUAGAGGAAAUACAUCAUAAUACUUUUCAAGCCCGUACUUUUAUUUCAGGAUUCCUUUCUCCAGUUACAACGAUAUGAGUGUGGACCUCGUAGUUAAUUUUUCCUCACUUCCUCUUCUCUCUUGAUUAUUAGUGUAUUCAUUCACGGGCAGAAAUCGAACUUAAAAAGUAACGUAACGGUAAUUGACGGCUACAGCUUCUUUUUAAGGCUGAGUUGUUGGACGAAAUAGAAGUCUGGUGGUUGAAGCUAUUUUCCUUUUUACCCUAAGGUUUCUUCUAUUAGAUUGAGAACUGUUAUUUUCCAACAGACGAUUGUUUCGCUUUUUUCGUGAAGUUAGAUUUCUAAAAACCUUGUCUUUUCUAGGUUCUCUUGACCGAAUCAUUCAGGAACUCCACCGGAUGCAAUUCGAUGCAAGGAAAGCCAAGAGCAGAACAGAUCUAUCAUUAGGGCUGAGGAAUAUUGCAUCAGACAGGGGCUUCAGAAUAUCUGACAAUCAAGGAUUAGGAAAUUGCAUGUUCUACGCCUUGUCCGAACAACUGGAAAUUGUUAAGGGAAUCAAAAUCCCACAUGGCGAAUUGAGACAAAACUUAGUUCAGUACCUCAGGGGCAACCCAAAACUUGUAAGUUGAUGUUAGUAUGUCUAACAGAGUAUGUCAAGUGAUGUUAUUUAAUGAGUAUGAUAAAGAUUUACCGAUGAUACAGGUUACUUGGCUAACAUCACCAGAACCUAUCCCAGUUUUCACAGCAUGAAGUCAACCAGAAAUAUUGUUACUCCUCCUGUAUGGAAUGAUGGUCUUUUUUUCAGGAGUUCUGAUACCAGCUUGUACUCCUGGUUGAAAGGGGAACUUGAAAUAUUUAACUUAAUUAUUUAAGAAGCCACACAAUGACGUUGGUUACAGUUAAAUUCAUAUGUUGUUUAAUGCGGUGUCUGAAGACGCAGGCCAACCCGGUUUUAGUCAUUUUAAUAUUUAGUUAAAAAAAAAGUUGGCUUUAAACCUCCAUCAGAAAAUAGAAUUCUAGUCAUUCUCUUAAUGAUGGAUCUUUUUUGUUGUUUUCCUGCUGUUUGCAAAGUGUUUUGAUACAUACACAGACGUUUUGAAAGACGUUUCAAUCACAAAAUUUGUUACUAUGCAGUAAAUUGCUACUCAAAGGUUGUCUCGUACCAUUCUCAUAAAAUUACUACCUGACUUGUACUCCAUGCGCUCAACUCCUAUCAACAAUCCUUUCAAGUUUCCUUCUUUAACUGAUUCUUCUUACAGCCGGAUGGAACAGAUCUGUUUGACUUUGUCCAUGGACAUCAAACAUGGACUGAAUACCUUGAACACAUGGAACAAGAUGGCGCUUGGGGCGAUCACGUGAUUCUGUGUGCCGCAGCAAACUACUUUGAAACGUGCAUUCAUGUGGUCAGCAGUCUAUCCCAUAGCAAUGAUGCAAUCAUUACGCCACAUUGUCCAGUUGACGAAAGCAAGCCUCUCGUGCUGGGACAUAUUCAUGAGAUGCACUAUGUCAGCCUUCAACCCGUGCAAGGUAACUGGGGACUAUUGUCUGAUUGGCUGGGAGCAACUCGAGAAUCCUGGUGUUCUAUUGGCUAAUCCAAUAACCCAUUCGAAAGGUGGGAAACCGAGAGAUGGCGGUUGCAGCUUUGGAAGAGUUUUUCUCUCAUUCAUACUUUGGUCGUUGUUUUUGUGGAGACCUUGCCACCAUUGCGAAAAUCUGACAUGGCAGUCACAAUCAUUAGUGCCUAAUGAUCACUGUGGUGAACGGUGAUUCAUCCCUAAUCAAAAUGACAGCGAGUGAUCUUAAAAUUGGACGAAGUGCAAGCUUACACGAGUGCCGAUCAAGAGCGAAAUUUGAGGACAGCGAAUCGUUUUUUCUUUUAAAAUGCAGUUUUUCGACAUCGUUUGGGGUGGCAAAGCAUAGUAGAGUUACCAUAAACAAUAAAGUAGAUCUACCUUGAAUAGAAUUGCGUAAAUUUGGUGUUCCUUUGAAAUGAUAGUCGUUUCUGGUGAAAAAAGGAAAACUUUGCGCUUGGCGAAUUGGAAAUAAACAGCACCAUAUUCACAGUUUUCAGAAUCCCCUCUACAAAUAUUCGAGUUACGAUCCAAAACAAACAGAGGCAGAUGAACUUUUAGUGGAAAUUCAAAAUGGCAAUGGUUACUCAACUGGUUUUGGUCGUUCAGAAUGAACUAUGGCCUCAAACUAUGGCCUUUCAUAGCACGAGAGCGACGCGACAGUCAGUUUACUUCAUGUAGAGUUAUUUGGCUUUAAGUGCCCUAGACUUUGGUCGUGGAAAGUGAUACAUAAAUUCCAAACAACUGGUAGUAGGCCUUUUAUCAAAGAAGAGCUCCAUAAGUACAAACAGUCAUAAAAAGUAACAAGGCCUAGAAAAAAAUGUCGCAAGCAUGACACCUUAGUGCAGAGUACAGCGGAAAUCUCAUCAUAAGUGGAGCUUUAUUCGAUCUUUGUUGUGUCCAUUGGUUGGUUAAUUUUCCGGUUUUAGACUUCAAUUGUCAUACUAUAUUAAUCGAUGAGUCCGUUCAGCAUGUUUUUGAAACAUAAUCGCCUCUCAGUGAUGUUAAGUAAUUGUUGAUACGACACGCCAGCGAAUGUGGCUGCUUAAAACACGAAUCAUUUCUAGUUCUUUACGCUUUCUUGAGGCCAAAUAUCUGAAACGGGAGAGUGAUGCAGCAAUUUCCUUAUUCUGAGUAUAGAAUUGUAAGUAAGGAAUUAUGAGACCUUAAAAAAAUUUAAACUAAAAAUUUAAAGAGGCAAGGGGUGUGAAAGGCGAAUAAAAAUAAUAAGAAAACACAUAGUCCAGCAACCAGUCAGAGAGCAAAGCAUUCACAUUUCUCGUUACCUUUAGUUACAGAGUAUCACCUCUAUCAACUAUUUACAAUCUAUUGAUAGUUUUUAGUGUCAAAUUCUACAUCUAACAUUUGUCCACAUGUAUAUGCUUAUAAUAUAUAGAUUUAGCCAAGCCUAAAAGCGGAGCUCGCCUUUUUUUUCCCGUACGUCUCAAGGGCACAACGCCUUGCCCCGGCCAGGACUAGAUCCUGGAUCGUCCGACUCGGAGGUCAGUGCACUGACCACUGGACUACUGAACAAAGCCGUAGCAUUAGCGUGCCCGCAGUACAAUUGACCACGCAUGUUGAAAGUAGCACCUUGUGCGGUGGUACCGUCAUACGGUCGUACAUCUAAAUUUUUUCGGCUUGAUGGGUUACUACUAUUUUGUAUAAUUAUGGGGCUACGCUCUGCGAGCUCCGCUAUCCUAAGAUUACAAGUUUUGCCACUUUGUAUUAUGUUAUAAAGAUCUGUUGUCAAGCAUUUAAAGUUAUACAGAAUAGCAGUAAUCCUGGAGGACUGAUUGAAACCAAAGUAUAAUGAUAAAAUAAUAAUACCUCUACACAUACAACAAACAUUGUUUCUGGAGCUUGAACACUUUGCGCAAAGGCUUCUUCAGCAAAACCGAAAAAUGUUCACCAGCUAGGUUAAUUUGCAACAUAUCGUUGGAUAUUAAUAAUUAACAUUAUUUGAGAUUGUGAUUGUAACUCAAUGAAACUAAACCAUUACAUCAGACAGUGCUAAAAGAGAGUUGUCCCAGGUCAACCAGUGCUUAACCAACUUAACAACUUAUCAACAAUCAUCAUUAUUGAUACAACAAUAAUUAUUACGAUCACUACAUGAAUUUUUUACCUCACUUUACAUUUAAGCCAGGAUGUGUAAAAAUAGUUAAUAUAACAUCUGAAUGACGUGUAGCUGUUGUAUUCAACAUGUCAUUGAAAGUCAUACAAUGUUACUAUCGAACUGUGUCAAAUAGCUGACAGGAGCCUAUUUUGUAACAGUCCAUGUGGGCUCAAUUGGACUUAUAUAUGUGACAUAUUUAACUACAUUAACCAUCCCUGUGUAAUUUUACUGUGAUUAGAAACUUGACUCAAAGUGUAUUGACUUUCUCCUUAAAAUUUGAAAUCAUACCAACAUUGGAUAAUCUGUUAUACCUUUCUAUAACCAGAUACCAUCAGCUCAUUUCCCCCUCCCUUGGACCCUUAUUAGAACACAUAAAAGCAACCAUAAGUACUAGAGAAGAAGAAGAAGAAGAAUAAAUGGGACAAGAUGCGUAACAAACCAACUCAAAAGCUGUAAGUAGUAUAGUUAAGAAUAACAAAACUAAAGCUCACUUGAAAUUUUAAAUUUGGAAAGACUUGAACUAGAAAAUGUGUUAAAGAAAGAGAAAACGUCAUGGUUUAACAUAUUAAAUUGAAGCAGCAACAUCAUCUCCAAGCAACAUCUUCUGACCAUUUCUCUGGCCAAAAGUAGGAAAAGGGGUUCAAGUAUUCAGCUGACAAGUAACUAAGGUGACAAAACAAUGACAAUAUUAUUUCAAUACAUAAAGAAAAAAAUUAUCAUAAACAAAUGACUUGAUUUUAAGGCCUCCCACAUCCCUAAGCAGUGUUUUAAUGCCCUCUUCUCUUUUGCUGUCAAACCUGU